AUGUAUCGGACACAUCGUUACGGGUAUAAAAGACUGGAUUCAAAAUUAAAACGUAUCAGUCGUCAGUUUAACUUUGAACCCUCAACUAAAAAUAAACAAACCAAAAUGUACUCCAAGGUGCUUUGCUUAGCCGCCCUUGUCACCGCUGUAGCCGCGUAUGACUACCACCAUGGUCCCGCGUACUCAUCUCAACACAUCUCUCGGCACGAUUAUGGUUAUGGACAUGGAUACGGUCAUGACCAUGACUACUAUGCCCACCCCAAAUAUCAGUUUGACUACAAAGUAGAAGACCAUCACACCGGCGACAUCAAGUCUCAGCACGAGAGUCGCGACGGUGAUAUCGUAAAGGGCUACUACGCUCUCCACCAGCCCGACGGCAACGAAAGACAAGUGCACUACCAUGGCGACGGGCAUACCGGAUUCCACGCUGAUGUCAAAUACAACGUGCAUCAUAAAUAUUACCAUCACUGAGUAUUUGUUAGCCACACUUUGUCGUUCAAGCAUCUUGGGUGUAUUGUUAAUAUUGUUAAUUUGAUAUGUUUUAUAUGAUUAAAAGCAGAUUAUUUUAAAAAA